ACUCAACUCGUUGCAGUCUGGUGAGCGGCACGGUUCUCUCCCUUCUCUCUAUGUAUACUUUAUAUAUGCAGUUCCUACGGUUUCUGGCCGACUUUUGCAGUUAAAAAUCUUACGAAGAGGAAAAGAAAGAGAAGAAAGAAAAAAUUUUGUGUUGGAGCUCUAAAAGCCCGAAAAGAAGAGAGAGAGAACUGUCUGUGAACGAUGAAGAAUCUGGAUCAAAGGGACAAAGAUAAGAUUUUAGGAAAGACUAUAGAAUAUAUGUCAAAUAUAUAGGGAAAAUAUGAUCAGCCUCCUCUUCAUCGUUCUCCUUCUUCAUCAGAGUUUGGCUAAGACUGAAAAAGAUUACGCAAUCAAAGCCAGAUUACCGUCUGACGAAGAGGAAUUGAUGGAAAUGUUGUUGGACGGCUAUAAUCCCUCUGCUCGUCCUGUAUUGAAUUCAUCUCACACUGUUACGGUUCAAGUUCGAUUCUCACUGCUUCAAAUUCAGGACUUAAAUUUACGUAAUCAAGUGUUAACGACAACGGGUCUUUUAAUCUUAGAUUGGGUAGAUGAGCGUCUUCGUUGGGAUGAGGAUCAAAUUGCUUUAAAGGACAUUGUAAUAGAAGCGAGGAAGUUAUGGCGUCCCGAGUUCGCUUCAAUAAACGGAGCUGACGGAAUCUACGGUGAUUACGGUCAAUUUCGUGCACUUGUCAAAUCAAAUGGCUCAGUCCAUUGGGAACCUGGAGGUGUUUUCAAGACAGUUUGUGAGAUUGAUAUAACUUAUUAUCCAUUCGAUGAACAAAACUGUGAGCUAAAAUUUGGAGCUUGGUCCUAUCAUACGACAAAAAUGAACUUAACUAGCACUGGUGAUGAAGUAAAUAAGGAUUCUUAUGAACAGAACGGAGAAUGGGAGAUUUCGUCUACGAAGGCUAGCAGAGGAGAGUUUUACUUCGCUUGUUGUGAGAACGAACGUUUUAGCAAUGUGAACUUUGAACUUCGUCUCAGAAGACGCUAUACAUUCUACGUCAUGAACGUUAUUUUGCCGUCUAUGAUGACAUCCGUUCUUCUAUUGAGUAUCUUCUUUUGUACGCCAGCUCAAAAGGUUCAAAUAGGCGUCGUCGUCCUCCUCUCAUUCCGCAUCUUUCUUCUAAACGUUACAGAUUCAAUUCCGAAGACUAGCGAUCACAUUCCGCUACUAGGAAUUUAUUUAACGUUAACUAUGGCCAUAACAACGUUAUCUAUGGUGCUUACUGUCUUUAUACUCAACCUGCACCACAUUACAGACCGUCCUGUACCUACCUGGGCAAAAAUCCUUGUCCUCAAAUACUUGGCGCGGCUUAUGUGCAUGUGUUCUUAUGAGAUAUACGCAAAACUCGAUCAGGAUCCUCAAAUUAGAGACGGGCACAGGAUUAGCGAAUCUGCCUCAUUAGGCAAGGCUAUAGGAAAACAAUUGAAUUUAUUGACAAAAUUGAAUGGUUCCUUAUCGGGGUCAAAGAACGCCAGAAUGAGUAGACGUUUCCUAUUACCCGGUAAGAAAACGCAGGAGGAUAAAAAGAAAGAGGAAGAAUGGACAAGAGAUUGGCGGUUGUUAGCCGAGGUCGUCGAUAGACUUUUCUUUUGGAUUUUUUUAUCGGCCAUUGUUAUAACCACUCUUUUAUUGUUUCAUCCAUUGACAAAGGGUUAUUUUUCCAUUUAUUCUCGUUAGCCUACGAUUUUUUUUGUCCUAACUUUUUCUAUACAGUUUACUUGUAUUAAAUGUGUAUCUCAGUCUGUAUACUAUAAUUAAAGAAAAGGGAAAUUACUAAUUAACCAAUUUUGUGUAUAAAUAUGAACAUAAAUAAAGAUACAUAUACUGUAUAUAUAAA